UCACGUUGACUCAUGGCGCCCAAAUUUCAGGCCCAUCUGAACAAGCCAGACGUUUAUUAGUCUUACGUAUAGAUUUUUAGCUUCAAUUUUGAGUUACAUACCUGAUCAUUGCUGGUACUCAUUAUCAGAAUGCCCAAAAUUAACAAACGCAAGAAGGUGUCUAACAGUGAAGAUGAAAAAUCGGCAAGCUCCUCUGAUAGUGGACCCGAGGACAGAAACCCACCACCCAAAAAUGAAGCAACAAAAAUGGCGACCGCAUCUACGGGUUCAGCAAAAAAACCUGAUCAAAAUCCACCUGGAGAGGCUGAACCAUCAUGGCAAUUGGACAAGCAACGUGUAUUGAAAGUUCGCUCAUGGAGAGGAAAAACAUUUAUUGAUAUUCGUGAGUAUUAUGAAAAAGAUGGACAGCAGUUACCAGGGAAAAAAGGAAUAAGUCUGUCAGCCUCCCAAUGGAGUAAACUGAAGUCAAUUAUUCCAGAAGUUGAUAAAGCUCUGGAAGAAAUUUAAAAUGCAAACAAAGUUGAGAAACACUUUCCUAAAGCAUUGAUGUAUUCAUUGAAAAUAUUAUAAUCCAGAAAUAAAGAAACAUUGCAAAGCAAA